AUGUAUUUUUCUUUUUGUACUGGCAAGAGACGAGGCAAGGAUCGCCUUGAGGCCAAGGCCACCUCGAGGAGCCCAAUAUCCUGGACCCCCAGCCCUCACGGUCAAGUCGAGAGCUCGCGGCUUAUUGCUGGCGACAGUAGCGCGGCCCCUGACCUGACCAAACUCAUCGAUCGUGCCGGUGCUACGUCUGCUCGCCUGCCGUACCUCAACUCCAACGGGGCGGUGGCCACAAGCAACCUGCUCGUUGGCCAUACCGAGGACGGCGUCAGUCGCCUGGCCAAGGAACAAGCCCAUGCCGAGCGUCGAUCACGAGCGGCAAGGCCGUGGACGUUCGGCUCGCUCUUCUUCUCUAACGCGUCGCUCAUAGGUGUGGACUUCCAGGAAGGCAUUCUUGGUCUCUAUGGCCAGCGCAGCAGACAAUCUGUACAGAUAGACGAGACCCCAACUGCCACGACCUGCCGCGGUCAUUGGGAGUGGAAACUUGUCUACUGCGAUUUUGAAGGCUGCAGUGUCUAUCAUAGGCCCUCUGAACAUCCCCCGACUCAUCCACCUGCUCCCGAGAAGGUCGAGAGUUUGCCGGAAAAGACAGCCAACGUGCCGUUGCCAAAGUCUCAAAGGGCAAGUAUCACACCAAGCCUCGAAGAACAGCUGACCGCCCAGGAGUCAGACGAGGAAAGUGUGGAUUUUCCCUUCAAAUCCCACCUAUGGGGAGAGGAUGUGGAUGAGCAAUCGGUCUGUGAGGUUACGGCGGUCGCCACGCGGCCGGGAACGCCCCAGCUGGUUACCCUUAGCCGCAAGCACGAGGCGGGAAGCGUCGAGACCAUGAGUGCGGUCCCGAAGCUCAAGGCUGAAGAGGCUGCCGACGAGCAAAGGUGGUCCACUCAAGCUCAAAAUGGCUGUUCCAAAGCAGCCGCAGAGGCUCCAAAGACAAAACGGCCCCAGUCAUUUCGUCGUUUGGCGGGUCCGCCGUCUGGUCCACCCUCUGUGCCAUUGCCCCCCAACCCUCCUCGACUUGUCUCUUCUUCGCCCAUGCGAUUUAGUGAGUAA